GGUGGCAGUGGAGGUGGGGAAAAGCAGCACAGAGGCUCCUUCCUGGCUGCUGCUGGAGCAAAUGGUCUUUCUUGGUUUGGCGGCAUGGAGGCAUUGCAGAGCCUUCCUCCUCUUAAAGAAGAACCUUUCUAAAGCCACAGAGUCUCAAGGCAGCCCUUGCUUCUGUGCGAUUUGGGACCUGUAGGCUCCAUGAGGCUGGGACUCAGGGUGGCUUACAACAUUAAAAAAACACCAUGACCGCCAGGCAAGAAGAAGUAUUGGCAGCCGAAGACCAUCAGUUCCAGUCAGUGGUGGAGGAUGGAGUUCCGGCUGAAAUGGAAAGAAUCGCAUCAGAUUUGACAGAUACCAACCCUGUGGAGAGAGUGGAAGGGUCACAUAAACCUCACUGUGGCAACAAUUGGAGGAAAAAUGAGGAUCGACCCAGUUGCGAAGGGGAUUUCCCUGUGAAGUUGCUGAUGCUAAAUUCUGGAUGGAGCAACCCACAGUUAGUGACGCUGUCUCCAUGGCAUGACGUCAAGGCUUCCCUGCCUUCCUCAGAGGGACUGGCAUAUCCCAGUCAGCUUGCGCAAGGCCCCAGCGGGGAUUCCAAACCUGACUACACCUGCCUGGACCUCCAAGGAGGCUACACAGACGUGAAGGAGGAGACUUCAUGUACGGAUGCUACCACCAUGGAAAAGCAGCGGCUGAACUUCCGACAGUUCCGCUACCGGGAGGCGGAGGGUCCCCGGGAGGUUUGCAGCCAGCUCUGGUACCUUUGCCACCGGUGGCUGAAGCCCGAGAGGCACACCAAGGAAGAGAUCCUGGAGCUGCUGAUUCUGGAGCAGUUCCUGGCCAUCUUGCCUCCAGAGAUGCUCAGAUGGGUCAAGGAAAAUGAUCCAGAGAGCUGCGCUGAGGCCGUGGCCUUGGCUGAGGACUUCCUGCGGAGGGAACAGGAAGCUGAGCAAUGGGACAAACAGGUGGUUUACUCAGAAAUGCCAGUAAAUUCCUGUAAAGCUGAAGAACCUCCCUCAGAGAUUGGGGAGAAGAAUGCUGAUAUGGAGGUCAAUGAGGAGGGCAAGGGGGAUGCCAAUUAUAUUGGUGAUGGGCAGUCAAGUGAGACUGAGGAGUCAGAAGUAACAUGUCUGGAGCCUGUGGAAGUGGGUGGGAAGGGAGAAGGAACACCUACUCUGUCAGAAGGCGAGGAAGAUGUGACUUUUAAUGAGGCUGAAUCAGAGGAGAGACCAGGAAAAGAUAUAGAAGAGACCAGUGAAGCCUCAAACUACUUCACUGAAUCCACAAAGCCACAGAAAGCUUCCAGGGGCAAGCAAGAGGCAACAUGUACUAUGUGUGGGAAAAGUUUCAGCCGGAGGGCUGGAUUGCUGGCCCAUGAGAGAGUCCACACAGGAGAGAAGCCCUAUAAGUGCUCUCACUGUGGGAGAAGCUUCCGGUCAAAGUCAACACUGGUCGUCCAUCAGAGAACCCACACGGGGGAGAAACCCUACCAGUGCCAGGAAUGUGGGAAAGGCUUUCCGGUGACCACGCAGCUCAUUGAGCAUGAACGAACCCACUCUGGAGAGAAGCCCUACAAGUGUGGAGAAUGUGGGCAGACUUUUCGCCAGAGGUCGCACCUCAAGAACCACCAGAAGAUCCACACAGGUGUCAAGCCAUUCAAGUGUUCAUACUGCGGGAAGAGUUUCAGCAUUAGCUCAGAUCUCAUAAGGCAUGAGAGGGCCCACACGGGGGAAAAGCCCUUUCAGUGUCCAGAGUGCGGCAAACGGUUCUGUAACAGUUCGCAAGUGAUUACGCACCGGAGAGUCCACACAGGAGAGAAACCUUACAAGUGCAUGGAAUGUGGAAAAGGGUUCACUGUGAGUCAACAGCUCAUCAGACAUCAGUCUGUUCACACGGGAGACAAACCUUUCCAGUGCCUAGAAUGUGGGAAAACAUUUAGCGGGAGCACCCUCCUUGCUGGACAUUUGAGAAUCCACACAGGGGAGAAGCCGUAUCAGUGCUCAAAGUGUGGGAAGUCCUUCCGGCUGCGCUCCACGCUUAUUACACAUCUGAAAAUCCACAUGGAGGGAAAAGUAGAGAAAUGACUGGACUCCAGAGAAAGCUAGAGGGGUGGGUACUGGGUGUAGUUGGGUGAGGACAGCUCACUUGUAAUAGAACUGUAAUGAAAGUCACACCAAAAGAAUUGGUAGAUAAUACCAGACUAAUUUUUUUUUUUAAGAGCCAACGUGGUGUAGUGAUUUGAGCAUUGGAGUAUGACUCUGGAGACCAAGGUUUGAAUCCUGGCUUGGCUAUAUAAAUCCAUGGUUGACCUUGGGCAAGUCACACUCUCUUAACCUCAGAAGAUGGCAUGGGCAAACCCCUUCUUGAAGAAUUUACCAAGAAUACCCUAUGAUAGGGUUACCCUAGGGUCCCCAUAAGUAGAAAACAACUUGAAGGCACACAACAACAAUUUUUAAAAACCAGCAUUCAUAUAUUACUUUGAAAUGCUGAAUACAUUUUCUAUAUGAUAUCUUGUAUUUCUUAAAAAUGACUCUGCGAGGUAAUUUACUAAUGUAUAACUGUUGGAGAGGCUUUUGCUUUAAGAACCGUGGCAAAAGUAAUAUCCCAGUAGUGAUUUUCUGACUUCUAGUAUGAUUGACAAGUUCUGAAUAUUUAGGGUAGAAGGUUGUGUGUAUACACAGAGAGGUUGCUUGGUUUCUGAAGAACCAUGAAGUGAAGAAGAACACUGGUGAGAAGAUGGUGGGAUCAAAAGGUGAAACUUUGGUGUUUAAAUUUUGGCCUGCGGUCGUGUGUUGAGGAUACUGUGGACAGCUAAAAAGAAAAACAAAUGGGUCCUUCAACAGAUCAUGCAUGAACUCUCCCUGGAAGCCAUGGUUACAUUGAGAAGGCAUGACACAUUAGAAAAGACAAUAA